GGCGGGACUACAAAAACGGCCUUCAUGAAUGUGACUGUGUGCAAUUCAUCAUUCAAUUAAAUACACCUAACUUGCGUAUGUUCUUUACGACUUCAGUGUAGUAUGAACACACAAUUGGUUGAAUAUUCAUCUAGUGAUGAAGAAGAAACUGAAAAACUGGAGCUGCCUACAAUACUUCAAGAUUUAAAUUCUGAUUCCUUUCGUUUUUUUGUUCGUGAAGAUGAUCCUUCGAAGCAUGAUUUCCGUAGUAGAACUUUUCCUCAUGAACCUGGGAGUUGGGCCACCUCCGUGUAUAUUGCAUGUUCUCAUUUGCAUUCUAGAAUACUUGAGGCGAUCAAAGACCCCGUAGUUCAAUCAAAUCCUGUAAUGGGUGAUUGUUAUACUGUGGAUUCUCCUCACAUAAGUUUGUCGAAGACAUGGCCUAUUUAUUUUCAUUGGAUUGAAAAUCUCGUUUGUAAUCUUCGUUCUGCUGUAAGCUCUUUUGGAAAGUUCUGGAUUGCGCUUGAUGGCGUAGAAGUUCUUGUAAAUGAAGAAAACACACGAUCCUUUUUCACUUUAGUAACUUCUGAAGAGUCACGUAUAGCACUGAUCUCUCUACUCAAUUCUGUUGAUUCAUGUGUCACUGCGUUUAGAGGGCCAAAGUAUUAUGAAAAUCCUAAAUUCCAUAUGAGUUUUUUGUGGUGUAAUGGGGAUGUUCGUAAGAAGUAUUCAACAGAAAUACUAAACAAUUUUUUGAUGGAUCUGCGAAAAGUAAUAUUUGUAGAAUCUAAACAAAUAUCCCAUGAAGUUACAGAUGUAGUGUGCAAAAGCGGAAAAAAAUAUUUCGACAUAAAUAUAUUGUGA